UACGCAUGUAUUCAUCCAAUACUGCUCGCCAAAGAACUGCUUGUCGAUUCGGACGAUUCCAAACUUCUCUCUCAUCUUCCAAGCUUCACGAUGUCAGGAACCGUUACCGAACCAGAAAGAGGAUCGGAUCUAGUUUCGAUCCGGGGCACGAAAUGUUUCGUCCACGACUUCACAAGUUCUGCGGAUGGCAGCAGUCCCAAAGCCUUGAUUGUGUUGUAUCAUGGGUUUUUGGCACAUGGUAACUACCCAACUGUGAGGUACGCAGCCGAGUUCUUUGCGGAGGCUGGUUAUGCCGUAGUGGCGAUCGACUUUCCGGGCCACGGGAAAUCAGAGGGUCUGCGGGGAUACCUGAACAGUGCAGACGAUCUGAUCGAGGACGGUAUCGCCAUGGCCCAACACGCGCAAUCCUUGUACAGCAACUUCGAAAACCUCCCACUUGUCCUUUGUGGUUCGAGUAUGGGAGGAGCGAUUGCUCUGUCUGUAGCUCACAGAAUGAGUCAGCUUCAGGAUGGAGUUACCAAACCUGCUUCCGCCGUGCCUUUGGUUAUCUUGCUGGCUCCCAUGCUAAAACUCAACGUCUCUUCGUUGGAGCGCACCGCUCUGGCGUUCUUGGCCUAUGUGGCUCCAACGGUGCACCUCAUUCCAAGCAGUGCGACGGAUUCCUCGAAACAAUACCGUGACGAGAAAAAGCGACAAGAAUGCGAGAGCGAUCCCCUGCUCGCACCCCCCGGCACGAAAUUAUGCGUCGCCUCGGCCCUGACGUGCGUAGACACCACCCUGAAAAUAGCAGAAGCAUUCGAAAGCAUUGCCAAUCCGUAUUUGUUGUUGAUUGCGGACGAGGAUGUGGUCGUCAAGAACGAAGGGUCCGAAGUAUUUCACGAAAAGAGCACGUCUCAAGACAAAACGAAAAAGAACUACCCGGCACUUCACGGUUUGUUGUGCGAGCCCUCCCCGCUGUUUGAUACUAUUAAGAGCGAUAUUUUGGAUUGGUUGGACAAGCGUGUUUGAAUAUCUGCCGUGUCCUCUGCUUCUGGUUAGAUGCAGCUUCGAAACACCCACAAGUGGCUCAUCUUGCCCAUGGUACCCGAAUUAUUUAUGUAACUAACAAGUAGUUUACGCAGAUUGUUAGUUCUAUCAGAUGUAUCUCAAAUGUUACCGGCUCAAUCGUGAUGUGCCGUUUCAUAUUUUUUCCUACAAGUAUAUUUUUUCAUCCAUCCUUUGGAGACCAGCAAAUAAACAGAAAACAUCAGU